AUGGACAUCUCCAAUGACAUCUCGAAGAUCGCUACCUGCACAAGUUGCCGCUUCGUCGAGAACAAGUCCAACUAUUGGACCGCCGUCUUGUUCUUCAAGCACCCGAACGGCAGUUACAUUCGUGUUCCCCAAAUGGCCAACCACAACACUGGUCCCGGUUUACAAGAUGGUGGUAUGACUGUCUACUACUUCCAGCCUCCUGGUAACACCAGAGUGACUGCCUUCCCUCCUGGCUUCCGUAUGAUUGUCGGUGACCCCAUGCGACGAAGUGCUGCUGGUAUCCCUUCGAACUCGCCUCAGAUGAAGGCCACCACUUUCCGCUGCUUCCAAGGUAACAACAUCGGAAACGCCGUCCCAGGAGACUCGCCCGAUACGUUCGCUUUCCCCUCCCAGCCCUGCUCUGGUGGUAUCCGCUCUAACAUCUACUUCCCUGCAUGCUGGGAUGGGAAGAAUCUUGAUCCCCCUGACCAUGCUAGCCACAUGGCUUGGCCGAACGGUGGUUUCUUCGGUUCGAGUUGCCCAUCGUCUCACCCAGUCCGCAUGCCCCUUCUCUUCCUCGAAAUUGUGUGGGAUACCCGACCUUUCAAUGACCGCUCGCUCUGGCCUGCGAGCGGUCAGCCCUUCGUCUUCUCCAUGGGCGAUCCCACCGGCUACGGACAACACGCAGACUACAUGUUCGGAUGGGAAGGCGACGCUCUUCAACGUGCCAUGGAUACUUGCACCAACCAAAACGGUAUCCCCACCGACUGCCGCACUCUCACUGUCCAAGGCAUGAACGCCAUGAACCAGUGCAAGCAACACGCCAAGGUCCCCGAGGAAGUCGAGGGAACCUACCUCCGAGAGCUCCCAGGCUGCAACCCCAUCCAAAGCGGACCCGCCUCCGCGACGAUGAUCAGGGAGUGCAGCGCCCCGAGCACCGUCACCAACAAGCCCGUCCAAACCAUCGCCGUGCCCAUCGCCACACCCCCCUGGCCUGUCUGCGGCAACGGCCAGCUCGAGCCUCGAUGCGAUUCCGUUCCCGUUACUUUGACUCACCCUGGUUCCAACCCCCACAUUACGCCUAUCACCAUCCCUCCGGGACCUGUUGCUCCCACUGGUGCUCCUUCGCCCAACCCUCCUCCUCCGGCUGGUAGUAUUCCCAAGUUCGGUCAGUGCGGUGGAUCUGGUUGGGGUGGCGCUGGUGCGUGCGAGUCUGGUACGACUUGCCAGAAGCUCAAUGACUGGUUCUCUCAAUGCCUGUAA